AUGCCACUGCCAGGUAGUACACUGAGACUGUUGCUGUUGGGGGCACCCGGUGCCGGGAAGGGGACUCAGACGAAACGGCUCAUCAAGAGAUUCCCUGAGAUCAAGGCAAUCUCGUCUGGAGAUCUGCUACGCAAGAAUAUUCAAGAGGGGACCCCGCUGGGCCAGACAGCUUCGAAGUACAUCGAGCGCGGGGAAUUGGUCCCGGAUAAACUAAUUACCGAUCUGAUAACCACCAAAGUAGCGACCAUUAAGGGACCGUGGAUCUUGGAUGGCUUCCCGAGAAACAUCAGCCAGGCUGAAAGCUUGUCCAGCUGCCUGACGCCGCUCGGGAAAGACCUGAACUUGGUUGUCGAGCUGGGCGUACCAGAAUCUGUGCUGCUGAACCGUAUCCAAGAGAGAUACGUCCACUUGCAGAGCGGGAGGGUCUACAAUGCAACGUACAAUCCACCAGAGGUACCGGGGAAAGAUGACGUUACGGGCGAGCCCCUGGUGAAGAGAUCGGACGACAACGAGGCGGUUCUCUUGAAAAGACUGGCCCAACACAGAGAGAUGAUGGGACCCUUGAGAAAGUACUACGGGGCCAAGCAGUUGCUGCACACGCUGUGCGGGGACACCUCUGACGUGAUAUACCCGCAACUGGAGUCGCUGGUCCUGUCACGUGCGGGUCCGCAGAAGUGA